AUGUCGACAGAAGUAUUAUCAAAUGCUGUCAACACAAUUGACUUGCUUCAAUCUAUCUAUUUUGAUAAAGAAUUUGAAUUUCGACGACUCGAAGAUGAAAAGUUGUACCUGAAAAUUCAAGCCUGUCACGAAAAAGAUGAAUGGUCUUCAUUAAGCAAAGAAUCUUUACCUAAUCAUAUUGAGUUUAUCCUAAAAGCUCCUAUAGAUAAUACAACCAUGCAUUUGGUUUUUAAUGGCCGUAUUUCACUUAUACCCCACAUAGAUGACCAAUUAACAUUGACUUCUGCUAGCAAUCCUUGGCUUUCUCGAGAGGAUCACGAAAUUCUCAAUCGCAUAUUAAAUGAUGAUCAAAAUAAAGUCGAUUCAACAACUUGGAUUAUCGAAAAAUUACAGCACAUGCAAUCUGCGGCUGAACCUUAUGCUCUUUUAUGGCUACAAAAAUCUAAACAAAAUACAAUGAAUAAAGCAAAUGGCGACAACGAGCCUGUUGUUCGUUUUUUAAGAGACUGGAUUUGGUUUCCAAUGAUUUAUACAAGAGAAAAGAGAGGUCAUAUCAUUCAUUGGGCGCCAAGGUAUAAUAUUACUGGAUUUUUAUGCCCUGGUAAACCUGGUUGUAUGUGCUUAGAAGGCACAGAAGAGGAUGUUACAACAUUUGUCAACGACAUCAAGACCAUCUCUUGGGCAGAUAUUCCAGCAAGUCAUCGUAAAAUGACCUCACGUUGGAAACAAUCAAGUGAGUGUAAGAGUCAUGCUGAAAUAGAUUCACAACGCUUGUUUAGCAGCAUGACUGAAGUUAAAUUUGAUAUUCACGGUACCUUUGCCAAUCAUAAUGAUUUAAAUAAAUUACAGUCUUGGCUACAAGAAAAAGGCUGUGGUGAAGCAUUUAAACAUUUAUUUGAAUAUGACCAUAAAUAG